UGUCCCGGGCGACCCGAAGUAGCGCGGCACGACAGCGGGACUUCGCCAUGGUCGGGGCGCGCGGGCUGCUGUGUCUGUGGCUAGGUUGCCUCUGCGUGAACCUGGCGCAGGGACAGAGACCAAACUUGCACCUCCCGGGACUCCGCGGGACUGAGCCAAGCGACCGCACGACAGGUGGUGGCCCGAGCCCUGACCUGCGGCCGCACGACAAGGUGUCGGAGCAUAUGCUGUGGCUCUACGACAGGUACAGCGGCAGCAGCAGAGACCAGGCUGCCAGGACCCCGGGCUCGCAGCCCCCGGGUCCCCAGCCUCUGCGCGGUGGCAACACGGUCCGCAGCUUCAGAGCAGGAACUCUCAAAAGAAAGGGGUUGCACACUUUCAAUCUGACUUCUCUAACCAAGUCUGAGAACAUUUUGUCAGCCACGCUGUAUUUCUAUAUUGGAGAAUUAGUGAACAUCAGCUUGAGCUGUCCAGAAUCCCAAGGAUGCUCCCAUCACGCACAGAGACAACACAUCCAGAUAGAUCUCUCUGCAUGGAUCCUCAAAUCCAGUCAAAGCCAGCUCUUGGGUCAUCUGUCUGUAGAUGUGGUCAGACCUUAUAGAGACAGCAUGACUUGGCUGUCAAAAGACAUCACUCAGCUCUUAAGGAAGGCCAAGCAAAAUGAGGAGUUUCUCAUAGGAUUUAACAUUACCUCCAGAGCACAUGAGCUUCCCAAGAGGAUGCUGCUUUUCCCAGAGCCUUAUAUCUUGGUAUAUGCCAACGAUGCUGCCAUUUCUGAGCCAGAAAGUGUGGUAUCUAGCUUACAGAGACACGGAGAUUUCACAGCAGGAAUUGUGCCCAGACUGGAUAGCCAUGUCAGAGAAGCCCUCUCUGUUGAGAGGAGGAAGAAGCGCUCUACUGGGAUCUUGCUGCCAUUGCAGAACAAUGAGCUACCUGGGGCAGAGUAUCAGUACAAGGAAGAUGGAGUGUGGGAGGAGAGAAAGCCUUAUAAGAGCCUUCAGACUCAGCCCCCUGAAAAGAGCAGGAACAAAAAGAAACAGAGGAAAGGGUCUCAUCAGAAGGGACAGACACUGCAGUUUGAUGAGCAGACCCUGAAGAAGGCAAGGCGGAAGCAAUGGAUCGAACCUCGGAACUGUGCCAGGAGGUACCUUAAAGUGGACUUUGCUGAUAUUGGCUGGAGUGAAUGGAUUAUCUCCCCCAAGUCAUUUGAUGCUUACUAUUGCUCUGGAGCCUGCCAGUUCCCCAUGCCAAAGUCUUUGAAGCCAUCAAAUCACGCGACCAUCCAGAGCAUAGUGAGAGCGGUGGGGGUCGUCUCUGGAAUCCCUGAGCCUUGCUGCGUGCCGGAAAAGAUGUCCUCACUCAGCAUCUUGUUCUUUGAUGAAAACAAGAAUGUUGUGCUCAAAGUCUAUCCAAACAUGACAGUAGACUCGUGUGCUUGUAGAUAACCUAGCCAAGAACUCACCCAGAUGCUCCAUUCAAUCAAUAGUUGGGUUUUCUGGACUUUUUUUUUAAUUUUGCACUGCCAAUGCAUUUUGUCCCAAAAGAUGUUUUAUUGCAGAAAGAAAAUGAACAAAUAGAUUGAAGAUUUUUCCACCAAACAAAACCAGACUGGAUUUUCCUUUGAAUGUAACUAAAAGUGAGAUUUUUAGUAAAUGUGGACAUCUAUUUCUUUUUUCUUAAUCACAUAAGAAAAAAAAUGUUACUCAAACUGUUUUCAGAAGUGUUAGAGAACGCAUUGACUUAUUUUUGUAUUGGGCUUUAAGGCUAGGUGGGAAAUAACAGCAAUAACUUAUCAUCUGUCGCUACUCAUAUAAAGUCAAAGGGAAGUAGACAGCCAUCUUCUAAUUCCUUUCAUUGGGUUUCUCGCCUCAGGCUCCUGAGCAGCCAACAACUGCUAAACCCCCAUCUGAUUUUGACGUUCAACAGGAAGGUUUCUGAGACUUGUUUAUCCUCAAUUUUUCUCCACAUUCAUGGUGUGAGACAAAUCAGUGUGUGCAGAGUGCUAGCGUGAGUGUGCACGUGUCAGCUCACUGUACCUCCUGUAGAACAAGAAACGUUUCCUUAGUGUGGUUCUAUAGCUCCAUCUUCAUGGCAUUCCUGUGUCUUUGUCAAUAUCACAUUCUGGCGAGCACCAUCCACUGAUGAUUGCAUUAUCCAAGAGCCUACGCCAAGGGUGACGUGUCACUGAUUGGAAAUACAGAUGCUUUCACUGCCUUGACUCCCAGGAAAAGAGAGCCAGAGGCUUCAUUUUUGAAAUCCUGGGUGUAGUUCUUCUAUAUUUUUUCUUUUCUUUUUUCUACACAUUGUCAUUUGCUCUAAGCUAAUUUAGGAAGUGCUUCCUGAAGUUAUUAGCUUCCUAGUUUUCUUUCUAAUAUACUCUCUCUUCAUGUGAUGUUGUUCAUAGAUGUUGAGGCUUACAAGCUAUUGUUAGAAAUGACCAAGUGAAUCACUAUCUUGUGGUGACUAUCAUGGCCCACACAUGGUUUUAGGCUCUUCUGCACAGAGAUCAAGAUACUGUCCUCAGUCAUGGACCCUAUACUCCAGCAAAGCUUGCUUAAAAUUAUUCACCAGGAAAGAGUCAACACAGACACAAUUGACUUCCAUUUCCACUUGUCAUAAGUAUGUCAUGUUUGAUUUCUGCCUUUGAAAGUUGUUUUAUCUUUCACUCACAUACUGGUAAGGUAUCUCAGUUGGCAGUGGUGCUUGCUGUCAAACCAUUCCUGGAACCCACAUGGUGGAAGGAGAGAA